AUAAUAAUAUAAUAUAUAUAUAAUAGCCUAAUACGCGACAAACUAGCACAGCCGAUUUGUCCAAUUACGCUGUUUACUUCAAUAGUAUAUAUUUCACUGUUUUAGUUAUACGUUUCCUCAGGAACCUUCUUUAACUCUCCCUCUAGGCAGUUUGCAUUUGGAAGCUAUCUUGUGGCUUUUUAAAGGGUGUAGUGUGGCGACAUAAUACAUGAACUGCAGUGGCCACAAACUUAUACUGCAGUUUGGAACAGUAUGCUAAUUGAUGACCAUGACGCCACAGUACUUAAAACGUUGCAUAGAAUCACUAUUGUUGCCAGAAUUUGACAUAUUUAUACCGAUAUCAUUCCGUCAAAAUGCAUAGGUGCCGUCUGUACGUUUCACAGUAAACUCGCACAAUAGUUAUGGGUGUCUUUUGAAAGAGACCGUACCUGCCUAGGACACACUCCGUUUAGGUAGCAAGCUGUUUUUUUAUUGUAAAAUUGACAUCGUUGCCUUUGUAUUUACUCAAAACAAAAAUGUCAAGCAUUGUUUUCUCUGAGAUCGGCUGGGACCAAGGUUUUGCCUUCCCUGUAGCAAACGCUGAAAACAAGGCGUUGGAAGAGGAGCUUCAAGGGAAACAAAAAGACAGGGAAGAAGUGAAGAACGAGAUCAGUGAGCACAAAGACAGGAUCCAAGCCAUUUCAGCAUUUCUGAAAAAUGUAAAACAGGAGCUGUCUCACACCCAGGCCCUUUGUGUGGCCCUGGGAAAGGAGGCAGAGUCUGAGGUGCAUUUCAAGGCCGUGGCAGAUCGGGAGCUGGGCCACCUGGAGCAGGAGAUUGUAAAACUCGACAAGGAGAUGGAUGUUCUGAAGAUUAGGAAGGAAGCACAAGAGAACGACAUCUCCAGAGCCAACGAGAAGAUGGGGAAGCUGAUGAGCCAGCUGAACUGGGAUAAGGUCACCCUAGAAGCCUGGCUGGAAGAAUCCGCCCAGAAGGAUGAAGACACCAUCGCCAUCCUCAAAUAUGUCCAACAGGACAAAUGCAAGAUAAAGGAGCUGAUUCACGCAGUUGAUAACAGUACUGUUGAGGCCAACCAGAAGCACAAAACCCUGGAAACCGAACACACCAGGACAAUAACAGUGCAGAUCGGGCUGGAGAAGACUUUAGAGAGUUUGCGUAAAGCUCACGUCGAGCGGCAGGCACUCAUUCGCCAGUGGGAGAGCACCAUUGAGCAAAUGAGGAAGAGAGACCAUGAUCUGCAACAGUGCAUAAUGCUGCUUCCUGAGAUGCACCAGGAGGUCCGGUAUAGGCAGGACACGAUCAAGGAAAGGAAGAUGUUUCUGGAGAGGCAGCUGGAUAACAAUGCCGAGUGCGAGAGGAAGGGCCUGAACGUGAAGCGGCUGGCAACGAAACUGAGGGGGGAGUUCCAGAAGAGGGAGGGCGACCGUGCUCGCGUGCUGGACGAGUUUGUUAGCUUGAGGGUCACAGUGGAGCGGAUGGCUACGGAUGUCGAGGCUAAGAGGUCCCAGCUGGGCAGCAUUAAAAAGGACAUCCACAGCAAGCAUACCAAGAUGAACGCCAUCAAGCUCCAAAACGAGGCUCUGGGGGAGAAGCUCCAGGCGGUGACGGAGACGGUGCUCAGCGCCGAUGAGAGGGCCACCCAGAUGGAGCAGAUGCUAAAGGAAGAGGAACAGAACAAAAGCGAGAUCGAGGCCCACGUGCAUCGGCUGCGGAUGGCACAGCCCCACGUGACCCAAGAGCUGCAGGCGCAGACGGCCAGGGAGAAGGUGAUGCUCGCGGACAUCGCCGCCAGCCGGGUCGCCCUCAACACCCUCAUCAUCGAGCGCAACAGAGCGGAGCAGACGUCGCUGAAACAGCAGGAGAUGAUCAACGGCAAGGACUUCCAGAUCCAGUUGCUAGAGAGGAAGAUGGUGUGCGCAAAGGUGGAGGAGAACAGUUUGGAGAGGCAGGUCCUGCGGACAGAAGAGAUUAAGCUGGUGCAGAGCGCGGAGCAGGAAAAAAAGACUGUGCACAUGCUGGGCCACCACCUGAAAAGACUUCAGGUUGAGAUCAGCAUUGUGAAAAAGGUGUCUGAGAAGAACGAGUCGGAGAAGAAAGAUCUGACCGUGAAGAGCGAGGAGCUGAACCUAGUCAAUGACACGUGCAUCAAGGAACUGAAGAAGCUCAGAUCCAUAAAGCAGGACACCAUGGUGGAUAGCUAUAUUCUUAAACUGGAGGUGCACCGUCUGAGCACCAUUCUGCAGAACAAGGCAGACAGGGUCCUGUCCCUGGAGAAAGAGAAGCUGCAACUGCAGGCAGCCAUGAAGGAGGGGGAGGCGGAGGUUAACGUCCACAAAGAGAUGCUCCAAAAGCAGUUCAAAAUGGUGGAGCAGGAACGCCAAGCCCUCAGCUUGGAGAUGAAUGACAAACUGUUGAAAAUGGACAAGUUGAGGAAAAGGUAUGAGAUCAUGAUUCUGUCCAUGGAAUCCCCUGACGGAGAAGGCUGGUCUCCUGAAUAUUACCUGAUCAAGAUAGAAAAAGAAAAAGAAGAGCUCCAGCGCAUGGGGAAUGAACUGGAUGCAAAAAUCUAUAAGAAAGAGGAAGAAAUUCAGGCUCUGGAAAACACCCUGUAUGGCAUCUAUAUGCGCAACGUGGAGUACCGCAGGGCAUUCAACAACAUUGCCAAGUGGAGCAAGGAACACCAGCAACAGCUGAGGCUGGAGAAGGAGAAGACGAUUGCAGAGGAGAAAACUGCUCACAGGAGACUGCAAGUCAGAGAACGCCAAGAGGACAUUCGGGGCAUGAAUGCCACCCUGGAGAACCUACUGAAAGAGGAAACUGAGCAACUUGAAAGUAGAGAAAAGAUCCAGUUUCAGAUUGACUGUCUAAAGAAAGACCUGGGAAACCAGAAAGUGAAGUUGGGCAGGGUUUCCAAGCAGUGCUCCAAACUGUCAAGGGAGAUUCGGUCAAACAAUGACAGUCAGGGUAAGACCGACGAAGAGCAAGACAUUGAAGUCCGUGAGCUGAAGGACUUCAGCAAGCAAGUCAACAGCAUGCUGCAAGAGGCAAUUAAGGAAAACCCUGACCUGAGUUCAGCACUGGAGAGGCAGUUCCAGGAGGCCAACGUGCCCCUACCAGCGGCAUUGUCUAGGUCUCCUAGCCAGCAGUGUUCAAGGACAGUGUCCAUUCGCAACUCUACAUCUGUCAGGUCAUCGGUCUCCGCCGGCAGCAACAGCCUCCGGAGUUCGGCGAAGCAGUUCCCCCACCUGAAGAAGGUGGACCUGGGCCUGCAGCUCAACGUGACCAGCCCUCGCGACUCCAACAUGUCUCCACGCAGCUGCAAGAGGGACUGCUCGAGCAGCGGCAGCAUUAACUCCCAGCCUUAGGU